UGUGUGUCCCUGUCGGGGCGCCUUGAGAGGGCAUCAGCGUUUAUGUGACAAGGCCCCCCCGCAUGUAUUGCAUGACCCAGUUAAAGGGGUCCAGCUCAAAGAUCCAUCUGGCCCUCUUUCGGAUGGAUCUUUGUCAAUGGCCAUGCCCCGGAGCCCUAGAAGAGGUUCGUGGUCAGUUAUUAUAGUGAAGUCAGACGCCCCAAUAUAAUGCCUAAAUUGACGGACGGCCCACACUACAGCCCAUAGUUCUUUAUCAAAUGUAGACCAACGUCGCUGGGUGUUAGUAAGUGACUGGCUGGCAUAAACCACUACUCUUUCCAGCCCCUCCUUAUCCUGAGCUAACACCGCCCCUACAGCUUCAUUUGAGGCAUCAGUGUACACUUGAAAAGGAGCAGCAUAAUCCGGCAUGGCAACUGCUGGGGCGGACGAGAGCACAGAUUUCAAAUACUCAAAAGCUGCAUUACAUGACAUGACGUUUCACUCCUCAUCCGAAGAGCUUCGGAUGAGGAGCGAAACGUCCGACACCUUCUUCACAGAAGUACAGAUGACAUCUCAAGAAGCCUUUCCCUCGUUGGACAACUCCUGUACGACCUAGAGCCUACACAGACGUAAAUGCAACAUAACAUGAGAAAAGUAGUGAAAGAAAGAAAGGAGUGCUGCCGUUUCCUGCUUAUUCAGUGGGUGCGCUUUGUCUUGACAGUGGGUGUCUCAGCCUGUAAAACAUUGCAAUUGUAAUUAUUACAAGGUUCAAAUCAUAUCUACCUUUAGUUUAUUCCAUAUGCGCCCGUGCUACUUGCCUGUUACUCUUCUGGUCAUCAUAGUUGCUGUUGCAGCUGCAGCAUGGCUUCCUCCAAAUCCUAACGUGGGUAACACAAAGAAACAUUAACAUAAUUCAGUGGACAUUUUAGUCAUCCGGGGGAAUAAAUGUCAUGUCACACCAUCAUUCCGUAUGGACAUGCGGGUAAAAACUGACGUAGGAAAUAUCAGCACACCAUCCGUAGUCUCAUUAGGAGCAUGCCCCGACGUUGUCAGGCAUGCGUACAAGCACGUGGGGGCCACACAAACUACUGAGAAUCAUUUGGAGUUGCUUCAAUGACAUUUUAGCAAAAUGGACCAGUGUGCUGCAUCAUUUUUUCACUUUCAUUUUUGGGGUGUCUUUGAUUUCCCCCUCUAUAGGGUGAUCAUUUUCAUUUCUAUCAAAUGAUGUGGCAUCAUUUUGUUACUAAUACAUCACCCACUUAUUAUCAGGAAACAUAUUCAAGAUCAUUUUUCCCCCAGUUUAGAUCUGAUAUGUUUUCAAAGUGUUCCUCUAAUUUUUUGAGCAGUAUAUAUUUAAUGUGCAAACAGAGGAGACAAAAACAGGAACUCAGGGCGACGGUGCAAAAACUAAGGAGGGCACCGUGGGCAAAAACACGGACAGCAAUGAACAAAAAGGUACUGGAACUACCACAUGAGCUAGACGGAGGUCUGGUGCAGCAGGACGGCAGAGCUGGUUGGGAGUAGCCAGAUGAAAUUGCAACAGGAGGAUAAGGUAAGUGGUAGCAGGAGAAAAGCACAUGGUCUGGAAGCACAACCAUUGAGAAUAAUCCAGCACUGGCUGGCUGCAGGUGAGGAGACUAAAAAGGGUUGCUGAUUGAACACAGCUGCAAGAAUUGGGUAGCUCCGCCCAGCUCAGGAGGUGUCACAGUCUGAGCAAGUGAACAGAGAAGUCAGCAAUCUCAUACUGUACACAUAAUGAAAAACAGCACAAAACUAAAACAGGCGACAAGUGUCACCGUAGCGCGUGACAAUGCAAACUAAUUGUGUGAAAAUAACGCCGCAUAUUGAGGCACGUGAGACAGAUGUUCGAGUCCUGCUGCGGUAUUUUAUUGAAUAAUGUUACUUUUGCUAGUCAAAACAAAUACAUCACUUAAAUUGGGCGAAAUUUCAAUUUCAAGGCAGCAGGUGAACUACUUCAAUGGACUAAAUACAGUAUGUUUGACAGCCGUCAUCGAGACGCCCGUCACUAUUUUGUGGCUUUACAGGAUCGAUGCGGGUGACGCGUGUAUCUAUCAAGGCUUUACGUGACUUUUUGACGGCUUUACAUAGGAAUGAUGUGCGUGACAGGUGUAUCUAUCAAGGCUUUACGUGACUUUAAGUGUAUAGGAGUGAUGCAGGUGACUGACUAGUGUUUCUAUCGUGACGAUAAAUGACGUUUAUGUCACGUCUGAAUGAAAAGAAGGUCUUCUUGCAGGCUGCGAUAAGAGUGGAAGGCAGGUGGACGCCGGAGGAAGCAGCGGAGGAGCAACGAAGACCUGAGGACCGACCGUUGAGCUGCGAGCCAAUAAAACAGCUACGGGCCGCACUUUGGACACCCCCACUCUAAAGAGUAUUUGUGUUGCAGCGUUCUUUUAUUGACGGAGCAUUGAAGUGUUUGAUAAGUUAUUGUGUGCUAUGAUCAAGCCUCAGCCUAUCAACACUCCCUCUUGACGACAAACAUUCUCACCAACUCCUGGACUCCUUCCUGGUCGAGUAGAACGCUGCAUGUGCGCCACGAUGGGGACGCCUGGAGGGGCGUUCUUUCUCCUCGUGCUGAUCGCCGCAAGGAUUUCAGCCGUCCAGUUCCCGUGUGGAGGCACCACAUGUCCAGCAGGCAUGGACUGCAUCGAACGUGGUGGGAAGACGACCUGUGCCGACCCUUGUGACAGCUACACUGACCUGAGGGACGACUGGCGUUCCACACAAUUUAGUACCGACCGAAGCAACCUGAGAUGUGACAGGAACAUUGAGUGGAAGGGCUGGUAUCGUCUGUUCCUGGAGGACAAGAGUGCACGUAUUCCUGAGACAUGUGGAGUAGAAAACUAUAAGUGUGGAACCGGUGGACCAGUGACGAUGGUAGAACCUCAUCCCACACAGCUGGGUGAAAUUGUGAUUCGGGACGUGUGUUAUUGCUAUGAUGGAAAGUGCAAACCUCACAACAGAUACAGCAUCCAUGUCAAGCUGUGCUCCACAACAGUUUCCACCUACUACGUGUACAAACUGGUCAAGCCAAGCGUUUGCGAUCGGGCCUACUGUGCAGAACAGUUAGAAUUGGAUCCACUCAUCAGUCUCCUUGAUUGUGGCGCUGACAAAAUCCAAGUGGGCGUGGAUUCAGCUGGCAUGAGACUAAUUGGUCGUGACCCACUCAAUGGCAACCUGAUUGACAGCACGUGUUCCCAGGCCAGGGAGAAAGAUGGUGUGGUGUGGUACGAAGUUGGCACUCAGGAAGGUGCCUGUAGAAACACACUGAAGACCAACGGCACACAUGUCACCUACUCCAACACUUUAUUCAUCUACCCAGCAAACAGUUCUUCCGUUCUGCCAGCGAGUCUUCCUUUCUCAUGCGAGUAUCCCCUGAAGACAGACGCCAGACUGAAUGUGGUCAUCAGACCGACCGUGGUGACCAAAGAAGAGGUUGUCCAGCCCCAGGUCCCCGAUGAGCCACCAAGCCAAUCCGGAGCUGCAGAGGGGGUGCCACCACGCAGGGUGGACAAUGUCUUUGUUGGCUCGGGUGCCAAACUGGGAACCUCCAUGGUCCUGUUCAAGAACUCCUUCAAGAACUCCUUCGAUGCAAAGACUUACGCAGCAGGUACGGUGGUCCUUCCGGUGGGCUCAGCGUUAUAUGUGGGGGUCUCUGUGAGAGAUCCCCGCUUGGCGGUUGUUUUGGAGGACUGCUUCGCUUCUCACUCAUCAGACACAAAGAGUCCUGGCCAACAUCACCUCAUCCAAAACAAAAGCCCCACUAACCGCCAGCAAGUGUUAGUGGUUGAGAGCGGCGUAUCCCACCAGGCUCGUUUCUCCGCCCUGCUCUUCCUUCUUCAGGGAAAACACCAAGAUGUUUACCUCCACUGCAGCCUCAGCCUGUGUGACAGAAAGACCACCUCUUGCAGUCCCAAGUUGGAUCCGUCACUCAGUAACCUUAAUUGUGGCUCUGACAAAAUCCAAGUGGGUGUGGAUUUAACUAGCAUAAGACCCACUGGUUAUAGUGCUCUGACUGGCAACCUGGCAGACGGCAAGUGUUCCUGGACCAGGGACAAACAUGGUGUCGUGUGGUACGACGCUGACGCUCAGACGGGUGCCUGUGGAAACACACUGACGAUCAACAGCACACAUGUCAUCUACUCCAACGCCUUAUUCAUCUAUCCAGACAGCUGUACUUCCUUCUUUCUGCCCCUGGUUCUUCCUUUCUCAUGCGCGUAUCCCCUGGACACACCCACAAGACUGAAGGCACCCAUCAGACUGAACCUGCCGCCCAGCAAAGAGGUUGAUCGCAACCAGGUCCCUGAUGAUCCAUCAAGCCAAUCCGGAGCUGUGAAUGAGGACCCACCAAGCAGGAUGGAAGGUGUCUUUGUUGGCUCGGGUGCCAAACUGAAAAUCUCCAUGGUCCUGUUCAAGAAAUCAGACUAUGCAGAGCCUUAUGCGGCAGGCGCGGUGGUCCUUCCAGUGGGUUCACCAUUAUACGUGGAGGUCUCUGUGGACAAGAAAGAUCCCAGCUUGGCGGUUGUUUUGGAGGAAUGCUUCGCUUCUCACUCAUCAGACCCUGACCAUCUUGAACGAAACCUUCUCAUCCAAAACAAAUGUCCCACCGACCGCCAGCGAGUGUCUGUGGUUAUGAGCGGCUCAUCCCUCAAGGCUCGUUUCAUUACCUCGUUCAUCCUUGUUGGAGAAUCUGGAGAUGUUUACCUCCACUGCAGCCUCAGCCUGUGUGACAGCAUGACUUCUUCUUGCAUUCCGUCCUGCUCCGGCAGAGCCCGACGUCAUGUCUUCAAGUCUUCUCCACUAAAGCCACUAACCAUUGGACCAAUCACUUGGGAGAAAUCAUCUGAGUGACAUCCAUGGCAUUGGACUUUGAGUUUGAUAGUCUACAUGUAAAUGUCAGAAAAGUGUGAUUGAAAAAUCAGCAUUUUAGGUCCCAAGUGUUCAAUGAUGCUUGUAUUUAAUGACAAAGAACCCAAAAUAGCAGAAAUACUUUGAGCACUGUAAAUAACGUACAAUUGAAAUGUUUCACCGCUGAAGUACACGAUUGACUUUUGGAAUUUGUUAAUGUUCUGGCUUUUUGGGUUGUUUUUGUUCUUUGUUUGGGUUGAAAUAAGCUAUGGAGUAUAUGGAUGGAUUUUUUGAGUGUAUUCUAUUGAUUUUGUUGCAUAUUGAUUGGAUGACCUGCCCAGGGACUUGAGAAGGAAAGAAGCUGCAUGCAGUUGGAUCUGGUGUAAUGCAUGUCUUUAAGAAUGUGCUCAUGUCCCUGUUCAAUGAACAAUAAAGUGAAUUGUU